AUGCCAUCUUCUUUCUCUUUCGUUGUAAUCUCACCUUCUGAUGUGGGAAUGGAGGAAAACGGAAAAUGUAAUAAAGCGAUAAAUUUACCAUUAUUUAAAGGAUGUUAUGGAAUCACUUUAUUUUCUCAUGUUAAUGUAAGAAGAAUGAAUGAAUGGGUUCGAAAGUUUGCCUUUGGGGAGUGA